CGAUUUCCAUCGGACAGAGGCCUCCCAGCUUGCGAGUUAUCUUCCUUUGAAGCCGCCAUCGCGAUACAACGGAUGAGACUGCUCCCCUGGCCGUGCUAGGACAAGCCUGCAGUCGGAUCUUUUCUUUCGCUGAGCGCGACGCGCCUCCUGCGCUCACCUUUCGCCUCGUUUCUCGCCCACCACCUGCAUAUCGAAUCCGUGCCGAGCUCUUGGGUCAGUCAAAAUGGCAGACUACGAUGACGCUUACGAGGAGGAAUUCUACGACGAUGGGGAGGAGGGAAUCACGUCGGAAGACUGCUGGACGGUGAUCUCGUCUUUCUUCGACGCCAAGGGUCUUGUCUCGCAGCAGUUGGACUCGUUCGAUGAGUUCAUCUCGUCAACCAUGCAGGAUCUUGUGGAAGAGCAGGGCCAAGUCACGCUCGACCAGUCGAUCCCCCGCAAUGAAGAUGAGGUGGACCCGGUCGUGAUGCGUCGCUACGAGAUCAAGUUCGGAACUGUGAUGCUUUCUCGACCCUCGGUGACCGAAGGUGAUGGCGCCACGACGAUCAUGUUGCCCCAGGAAGCUCGCCUCCGAAACCUGACGUAUUCCAGCCCUCUCUAUCUCGGUAUCACCAAGCGCGUGAUGGAAGGUCGCGACCGGGCCGUUGGGGACCGUGAUGAGGACGAGGGCCUGGAUGUGGAUGAGGAUCGGAAAAACCGGGGCACGUACUUGGAGUGGGAACAGAAGGACCUUGGGUCUGACUCGGCCAAGGAGGAGACCGUCUUCAUCGGCAAGAUUCCUAUCAUGCUCAAGUCAAAAUACUGUAUCCUCAAGGAUCUCAGCGAGCAGGCCUUGUACAACUGGAACGAGUGCCCCUACGACUCCGGUGGUUAUUUCAUCAUUAACGGCAGUGAGAAGGUCCUGAUCGCCCAGGAGCGCAGCGCCGGCAACAUCGUCCAAGUUUUCAAGAAAGCUCCGCCCAGUCCCACGCCCUAUGUGGCUGAGAUUCGCAGUGCUGUCGAGAAGGGCUCGCGAAUGCUCUCCCAGCUGUCCCUGAAGCUUUUUGCAAAGGGUGACAGCGCCAAGGGAGGAUUUGGACCCACGAUUCGGUCGACGUUGCCAUACGUGAAGACGGACAUUCCCAUUGUUGUGGUAUUCCGAGCCCUCGGUGUUGUGUCCGACGAGGACAUCCUCAACCACAUCUGUUACGACAGGAACGACACCCCCAUGUUGGAGAUGCUGAAGCCCUGUAUCGAAGAAGGCUUUGUGAUCCAGGACCGGGAAGUCGCUCUGGACUUCAUCGCCAAGAGAGGAUCUGCUCAAUCCAGCAUGAACCACGAGCGACGUGUGCGGUACGCAAGAGAUAUCAUGCAAAAGGAACUCUUGCCUCACAUUUCACAGAGUGAAGGCAGCGAGACCCGCAAGGCAUUCUUUUUAGGCUACAUGGUGCACCGACUCCUCCAGUGCGCCUUGGGUCGCCGGGAUGUGGAUGAUCGUGAUCACUUUGGCAAGAAGCGCCUUGAUCUUGCAGGCCCUCUUCUGGCGACUCUGUUCCGCAGUCUGUUCACGCGAGUCACUCGGGAUCUUCAGAAGUACGUGCAGCGUUGCGUGGAGACCAACCGCGAGAUCUACUUGAACAUCGGUAUCAAGGCCAGCACACUGACUGGCGGUCUGAAAUACUCUCUGGCCACCGGUAACUGGGGCGAGCAGAAGAAAGCUGCCAGCUCCAAGGCUGGUGUGUCCCAAGUCGUCAGUCGUUACACGUACGCCUCCACCCUAUCCCAUCUUCGUCGGACCAACACUCCCAUCGGACGUGACGGAAAAAUUGCAAAGCCUCGUCAGCUGCACAACACGCACUGGGGCUUGGUCUGCCCAGCAGAGACCCCCGAAGGUCAGGCUUGUGGUCUGGUCAAGAACUUGGCUCUCAUGUGUUACAUCACUGUCGGUACGCCUAGCGAGCCGAUCAUCGACUUCAUGAUCCAACGCAACAUGGAAGUUUUGGAGGAAUUUGAGCCCCAGGUUACCCCCAAUGCGACCAAGGUCUUCGUCAAUGGUGUCUGGGUUGGUAUCCACCGGGACCCUGCUCACCUGGUGAAUACCAUGCAAUCUCUGCGUCGGCGAAACAUGAUCUCCCACGAGGUCAGUUUGAUCCGUGAUAUCCGUGAACGCGAGUUCAAAAUCUUCACCGACGCGGGACGUGUGUGUCGCCCAUUGUUCGUCAUCGACAACGACCCAAAGAGCGAGAACUGCGGUUCUCUGGUUCUGAACAAGGAACACGUCCGCAAGUUGGAACAGGACAAGGAGCUCCCACCCGACCUGGACCCGGAAGAUCGGAGAGAACGCUACUUUGGAUGGGAUGGUCUGGUGCGGUCCGGAGUCGUCGAGUAUGUUGACGCCGAGGAAGAGGAAACCAUCAUGAUUGUCAUGACGCCCGAAGACCUUGAGAUCUCGAAACAGUUGCAGGCGGGCUACGCUCUCCCCGAGGAGGAGAUGAACGAUCCAAACAAGCGUGUGCGCUCCAUUCUGAGUCAACGGGCCCAUACCUGGACCCAUUGUGAGAUCCACCCCAGUAUGAUUCUCGGUGUUUGUGCCAGUAUCAUUCCCUUCCCGGACCACAACCAGUCGCCCCGUAACACCUACCAGUCAGCUAUGGGUAAACAAGCCAUGGGCGUGUUCCUGACCAACUUUGACCAGCGCAUGGAGACGAUGGCAAACAUCCUCUACUACCCACAGAAGCCACUGGCGACCACGCGAUCUAUGGAGUUCCUGCGAUUCCGCGAGCUGCCUGCAGGACAGAAUGCAAUUGUGGCCAUUGCCGUCUACUCCGGGUACAACCAGGAAGAUUCGGUCAUUAUGAACCAAAGCAGCAUUGACCGUGGCUUGUUCCGCAGUCUGUUCUACCGAACCUACACGGACUCGGAGAAGAUGGUGGGACUAACGGUGGUCGAACGCUUUGAGAAGCCGAUGCGGUCUGACACGAUUGGCAUGCGCAAGGGCACGUACGACAAGCUAGAUGAGGACGGUAUCAUCGCUCCUGGUGUGCGCGUGUCUGGUGAAGAUAUCAUCAUCGGUAAGACCGCACCGCUGGCUCCCGAGGCCGAGGAACUCGGCCAACGGACCAAGUCCCACACAAAGCUGGAUGUGUCGACACCGCUGCGCAGCACGGAGAACGGCAUCGUCGAUCAGGUUCUCGUCUCGACGAGCAACGACGACCUCAAGUUCGUCAAAGUGCGCAUGAGGACGACCAAGAUUCCCCAGAUCGGUGACAAAUUUGCCUCGCGUCACGGACAGAAGGGUACGAUCGGUAUCACGUACCGACAGGAAGAUAUGCCGUUUACCCGGGAAGGUGUCGUGCCGGAUCUCAUCAUCAACCCACACGCCAUUCCGUCGCGAAUGACGAUUGCCCAUUUGAUCGAGUGCCAGCUUAGCAAGGUGUCGGCGCUGCGUGGGUUCGAGGGCGACGCGACGCCCUUCACCGAUGUCACUGUAGACUCUGUCUCUCGACUGCUUCGAGAACACGGAUAUCAGUCCCGCGGCUUCGAGGUGAUGUACAACGGACACACGGGCCGCAAAAUGAUGGCGCAGGUCUUCCUGGGGCCGACCUACUACCAGCGACUGCGUCAUAUGGUCGACGAUAAGAUUCACGCGCGUGCCCGCGGACCGACACAGAUUCUGACCCGGCAGCCGGUCGAAGGUCGUGCUCGCGACGGUGGUCUUCGGUUCGGAGAGAUGGAACGUGAUUGUAUGAUCGCCCACGGUGCCAGUGCCUUCUUGAAGGAACGCCUAUUCGACGUCUCGGACCCGUUCCGUGUGCACAUCUGCGACGACUGCGGCCUGAUGACCCCAAUCGCAAAAUUGAAAAAGGGCCUGUUCGAAUGCCGUCUGUGCAAUAACAAGCACCGGAUCUCGCAGGUGCACAUCCCCUACGCAGCGAAGCUACUCUUCCAGGAACUGGCGGCGAUGAACAUUGCAGCGCGCAUGUUCACCGACCGCUCGGGGGUAUCUGUGCGAUAAAUCGCCCCGUCGAUCCAAAUUCCCGAGUAAAUCCUUUGGCAUUUCCGGCGUACAAGCGGCUCACGGAUGUUUCUAUUCUUCUAUUUCCCCUCCCUUUCCCCCCCUUUUUCUUUUCUUUUACCUAUUUUAGUUUCUUCUUGCGUUCUCGACUACAGAUACUACCGGGCUGUUCAGGUCUUGGGACUGAUAUUACUUGGCCGUGGUGUAAAUUAAGACUGUGCUUAGCGCAGAAAAUACAGCUAUGAUGACGA